UUAGUAGCUUUUAAACAGGAUUUUUAGCCUGAAUCUGAGGGUAGUCGAAUACGUUUUAAGAAAAGGGGAGUAUAUGAUUUUGAUAAAGUAUUUUAUGGGCAUUCCCCUUAUAUGUGCGUUAUAAUGUGAGCUCGUUUUUUCAGACUUGUGGAUAUCAGUAACGUGUUUACUUGAACUAGAAGGCGAACUUAAGGUCGAAUAGUUAUUCUGACAUAGCCACAUGCAGUCAAUCGACUAUGCUGUUCAUCUGCAAAAUCUGUUCGCUGUAAAAAGAGAAAAUCGGAUAUCAAUAUUAAAAGUAUGUCGUUAAAAGCCUGGGAUUUCAUUCAGAAGACCUUGUAUCACGCGGCGUUGCAGGCAUCAGGGAAAGUAUGCUCAAGGAGGACACAUAUUCCGAUGAUCAGAAGUACUUCAUGGACUUCUGUCCCAUUUAGGUCGACUCACGGUACCAAUUCAGGUUCUAGCAGUUUCUCGAUCAGGAGUCACACGUGUGGGGAGCUGCGAUCUACCCACGUUGGAGAAGUCGUCACACUGUGUGGUUGGGUUCAGUAUCAAAGACAUGGCAUGUUUGUUAUCCUGAGAGAUUACAGUGGCCUGACUCAAGUGCUUAUUCCAGAGGAUGAGUCCAGAAUCAAACUUAAGAAAACCUUUUCUGAGUUACCGUUGGAGUCCGUCGUCAAGGUGAAAGGGAAGGUCAAGCGUCGUCCAGCAGGCCAAGAGAACAAGGAAAUGCUCACUGGUGAAAUCGAGGUUUGUGCUGAGACUGCGGAGGUAUUAAACGAAAGCAAAAAACUGCCUUUUGAAAUUAAGGACUUCACAAAGAAGGCUGAGUCCCUUCGCAUGCAGUACCGAUACCUAGAUCUCAGGUCUUCCCAAAUGCAGUACAACUUAAGACUGCGCUCUCAAAUAGUAAUGAAAAUAAGGGAAUAUCUUGCCAAUAUACACGGAUUUGUCGACGUUGAAACGCCCACUUUAUUCAAACGGACGCCAGGGGGUGCAAAGGAGUUUCUUGUCCCUUCAAGAGAACCUGGCCGAUUCUACUGCCUGCCUCAGAGCCCUCAACAAUUCAAACAACUGCUUAUGGUGGCUGGCAUUGAUAGGUACUUUCAGGUGGCUCGCUGCUACAGAGAUGAAGGUUCCAAACCAGACCGGCAACCUGAAUUCACACAGGUUGACAUUGAGAUGUCCUUUGUGAACCAAGCUGGCAUACAAGCCUUAAUUGAAGGUCUGAUCCAGCAUUUCUGGCCAAAAGAAUUGGGGUCAAUUUCCAUUCCAUUUCCUAUUAUGACUUACGAGGAAGCUAUGAGAAUGUUUGGGGUGGACAAACCAGACGUCCGAUUUGGAAUGCAGUUGGUGAAUAUCAGUGAGGUGUUUUCCAGCAUAGAAGUGGAGUUUGCAAGAGACAUUGUCCACCGACCAGGGGGGUGUGUCCAGGCCAUCCGUGUCCCAGGUGGAACAAGACAUUUGAAGAACAAGGAUUUGGAAUCCCUAAAACAUUUGGCCAAGAUCCACUUCAACCAGACAGUGAAUGUGGUGGUUCUGAAGGAGGAUGGCACAUGGAGAUCUUCCAUAGCAAAACUCUUACCUGGUUCUGCCAAGCAACAUCUCCUACAGUUGACUGCAGCAAAACCUGGAGAUGUGUUAAUAUUAGCUUCUGGAUUGUUGCAAGAUGUGUGCGCUUUGCUGGGGAAGCUGCGGCUGCAAUGUGUCCAGCUGUUGGAGGACAAGGGCGUGAUUGUUCGGGAUCCCUCUGGUUUUCACUUCCUUUGGGUGGUCGAUUUCCCGCUCUUUCUUCCCAAGAAGGAAAACCCUGCUGAGCUGGAGUCGGCCCACCACCCAUUCACUGCUGCACACCCCGAGGAUCUUCACCUGCUGCUUAAGGAACCGCACAAGGUGCGGAGCCAGCAUUUUGACCUGGUUCUGAAUGGAUGUGAGGUUGGAGGAGGGUCUAUACGUAUUCAUGAUGCAUCAGUGCAGAAGUUUGUCCUGGAAAAAAUUCUGAAGGAGGAUUCCUCUGUCCUUUUUCACCUGUUGGAGGCACUAGACUCCGGAGCACCUCCACAUGGCGGGAUUGCUUUAGGGUUAGACAGACUGUUGUCUAUCAUUGUGGGUGCCUCCAGCAUCCGAGAUGUCAUCGCCUUUCCCAAGUCCUUCCGUGGACACGACCUCAUGAGUGGUACGCCAGACUUUAUCUCUGAAGAUGAACUCAGACCAUAUCAUGUCUCUGUGAAAUGGCCAGUGCAAGAAGGCAAAGAGAAACAGGAACUAGAUGACACCAAGAAUUCUGGUCUGGAUUCCUAACUGACCUCCCUUCUGCAAACUUUCAGUGUUAUUGCAUGAAACGGAUGGGAGUCCAUGGAUGAAGCGAGUCUGAUGUUUGUUUACAUGUAGUCUUUGUUUUUUUUGGAUCUUUUUAUACGGACUUCAUACAGCUUACACAGAUCUAUGUUAAUCUAUUAAAGAAAAUGUCCUUAAAAUAUGCAGCAGAUAUAAUCUAGUUGUUUUAAGAAUUUUACAUUUUCCUUACCUAAUAUUCAGGUCCAAGUUGAUGUAGAAUUUAAUUUCACGAAAACACUGCUUUUACAUUGCCUUUCCUGUUUAAACUGAUUACUUAUUUGAAAAAAAGCUUUCUAGUCAAAACUAUUGAAAUGUUUAUGACUACAGACCUCCAAAUUAAACAUUUAUUGUUGUGUGAAAA